GCGGCCCCGGUGUGCCGGGGGGUGCCUUCCUCCGCCCCCGGGGCGCCCGUGCCCGGCGCUGAGCGGGGCGUAUGGGGCGGCGUUUCGGGAGGCUUUCUCCUUCUCCUGGCUCCCCCGCUGGAUGCUGCCUGGGCUGUUUUGGCUGCUUUUCUUCGCCGGCGAUGAAGGCUCUGCCUUGAAGAUGGAGAUGAUCUGUUUUUUAUUCCUGUCUCUGGUGCCGGUGUACAGCGGGGGACAAGGGGUUUACGCUCCUGCUCAGGCCCAAAUCAUCCACGCUGGGCAGGCAUGUGUGGUGAAGGAAGACAACAUCAGUGAACGCGUUUACACAAUUCGGGAGGGAGAUACGCUGGUCUUGCAGUGUCUGGUCACAGGACACCCCCGGCCACAGGUGAGAUGGACCAAAACUGCUGGCAGCGCAUCGGACAAAUUCCAAGAGACGUCAGUGCUUAACGAGACCCUUCGGAUUGAGAAGAUCCAAAGGCUCCAGGGGGGCCGCUAUUACUGUAAAGCAGAAAAUGGGGUUGGGGUCCCUGCCAUCAAGUCCAUUCGAGUAGAUGUGCAGUAUCUAGAUGAACCUGUUCUCACUGUUCAUCAGACCAUCAGCGAUGUGCGUGGCAGCUUUUACCAGGAGAAGACUGUCUUCCUUCGCUGCACUGUCAACUCCAACCCACCAGCUCGCUUCAUCUGGAAACGAGGAUCUGAGACACUUUCCCACAGUCAGGACAAUGGCGUGGACAUCUAUGAACCCCUCUACACACAGGGUGAAACCAAAGUCCUGAAGCUGAAGAACUUGCGGCCUCAGGACUAUGCCAGCUACACAUGCCAGGUGUCUGUCCGCAAUGUCUGCAGCAUCCCUGACAAAUCCAUCACGUUCCAGCUCACAAACACCACAGCCCCACCUGCUUUGAAGCUGUCUGUCAAUGAGACGCUGGUGGUCAACCCUGGUGAUAACAUCACUAUGCAGUGCUCUCUGACAGGCGGUGAUCCACAGCCAGAGGUGGUUUGGUCUCACUCUCCUGGCCUAAUGCCUCGCAACAGCCUUGUGCAAGGAGGAAACCUCACCAUCUGGGGGAUCCAUGUGGAGGACUCUGGCUACUACAAUUGCACAGCCAUCAACAACGUCGGGAACCCAGCAAAGAAGACAGUGACCCUGCUGGUGCGGUCCAUGAAGAAUGCCACAUUCCAAAUCACCCCUGAUGUGAUUAAAGAGAGUGAGACCAUCCAGUUAGGGCAAGACUUGAAGCUCUCAUGCCAUGUAGAUGCUGUCCCCCAGGAGAAAGUUGUCUAUUCCUGGUAUAAGAAUGGGAAACCAGCCAAGUUCUCAGACCGGUUACUCAUCACCCGGAAUGACCCCGAGCUCCCACCUGUGACCUGCAGCUUGGAGAUUAUUGACCUGAGAUUCAGUGACUAUGGCACCUACCUGUGUGUGGCUACCUUCCAGGGAGCACCCAUUCCUGACCUCAGUGUUGAGGUGAACAUCUCCUCAGAGACAGUGCCACCAACCAUCAGUGUCCCUAAGGGACAAUCCACCAUCACCGUCCGUGAGGGCUCCAGGGCUGAGCUGCAGUGCGAGGUUCGAGGGAAGCCAAAGCCACCCAUCAUCUGGUCUCGGGUAGAUAAGGAAAUGCCCAUGCCUUCAGGGACAAUGACAAUGGAGACAUAUGAUGGGAAGCUGCACCUGGAGAGUGUGACCCGAGAAAUGAGCGGGACCUAUAAGUGUCAGACAGCCAGGUACAAUGGCUUUAACAUCAGACCCCGGGAAGCCCUGGUGCAGCUCAAUGUGCAGUUUCCUCCCGUAGUGGAGCCAGCCUACCAGGAUGUGCGCCAGGGCAUGGGACGCAGCAUCACCCUGCGCUGCACCAUGCUGAAGGGCAGCCCUAUGAAGGUGGCCACCUCCGUCUGGCGCUUCAACGGGACCCUCCUGGCACAGCCCUUGGCAGAGCAGCAGGACUACUCGGAGCUGAAUGUGGACAGUGUCAGCCGAGAGACCAGCGGUAGCUACGAAUGCAGCAUUUCAAAUGACGUGGGGGUCUCCACCUGCCUCUUCCAGGUAUCUGCGAAAGCUUACAGCCCAGAGUUUUACUAUGACACUCCCAACCCCACCUUGAGCCAGAAGCAAUCCAAGAAUUACUCUUACGUCUUGCAGUGGACACAGAAGGAGCCCGAUGCUGUGGAUCCCAUCCUCAAGUACCGCCUGGAAGUCCGUCAGCUGGCUCAGAGAAACACCAUCCAAACCUUCAUUCCUGUGCAGAAAAUGGAGAAAGGCCUGUUGCUGGAGCACAUCUUGCCCAACCUGAAAGUGCCUCAGAGCUAUGAAGUUCGCCUGACACCUGUCACCAGCUUUGGGGCUGGGGAUAUGGCUGCCCGCAUCAUCCGGUACAUGGAACCAAUCAACUAUCCUAACCCAACAGAUAACACUUGCCGCUUUGAGGAUGAGAAGAUCUGUGGCUUCGUGCAAGACAAGAUGGACAACUUUGACUGGACCCGACAGAAUGCCCUGACCCAGAACCCCAAGCGUACCGUCAACACAGGGCCCCCCACGGACAUCAGUGGUACGCCAGAGGGUUAUUACAUGUUCAUCGAGGCAUCCCGGCCCCGGGUGACAGGAGACAAAGCCCGACUUAUCAGCCCCCUCUACAACAUCACUGCCAAGUAUUACUGUGUCUCCUUCUACUACCACAUGUAUGGGAAGCAUAUUGGCUCCUUGAACCUGCUAGUUCGUGUGCGGAACAAGCGAGCCAUCGACACCCAGGUCUGGUCACUCAGUGGAAACCGGGGAAACAUGUGGCAGCAAGCACACGUGCCCAUCAACCCGCCCGGGCCCUUCCAGAUCAUCUUUGAAGGCGUUCGGGGUACAAGCUAUGAGGGGGACAUUGCCAUCGAUGACGUCACUCUGAAAAAGGGGGACUGUCCAAGGAAACCACUUGGACCAAAUAAGGCGGUUGCUCUUCCAGGAAGUGGUGUCCCGGCCCUGCACAGCCCUUGUCUUUGUGGCCCAUUGACUUUCUUCCUUUACGUGCUGCUCAGAUGAUGGCAAGUGAGCACUCCUGUCUUCGGACUGAGAC